AUGGGCAAGUUUGCGGACAAGAUGGCCGACAGGCUGGGUGACCACCCAGCCGGCAACCAUCUUCGCGGCAAGAAAUGGGGUGAAAUCUUCGGCAGCGCACUGCUCGCGCUAGGCGUGCUCUCUCUCGUUGGCGUAUGGGCAGCUGCGACGGCCGGUUACGAAGGGACGAGUCGAUUCUCGCCCAACUACAACCUCACCGACAAUGACCACUGGUUCUCAAAGUUCAUUCCGGGCCGCACAGGCAACCUCUGCCAGCCUGCAUACAUCAACACUGGUCAGCAGUUCCGCACCACCAAUGGUGUGUUCCUCUGGGAGAUGGGCAAGCAGUUCAACGUGACCAUGUCGGAGAUUGGCAACAACAGCACCAUGGUCAACUUCAAUGGCACCGGUCAGCAAUAUGCCGACAACAAGCUUGAGCACUGCGACCUUUCUGGACUGUCGGUUGACAUGGACCUCUUCCAGGCGCAGGUCACCGUCAAGCUGUACGCGACCUGCAUUGACCCCGAGUGGCCCGCGCUACUGCUCUCAAGGAAUACCUACUCGGUUGACCAGAGCCGUCUACUGGACAACUCGCUGUGGUUCACCAACGACCUCGUGAUGAAGUCCGAGUACAAGGAACGCAAUGACGUGCAAGCGUCCCUGAACGACCUCGCGAAUGAUCUGUGGAACCGGCAACGUGCGCUGUUCCAGAACGCUCAGAUGCCUAUCAUCCGAGGCAUCCGCAUUAUCAACGAAAACAACUGCGGCUUCGCGACAGAUGACCGGAAAGGGUGCUUCGAGGCACCCCUGCGGGUCAGCAACGACUCGGUUGGCUUCUACCUGUUCCAGAACCUCACAUCCGCCACGACAAUGUACGACCCGCAGGCGUGGACCAUCACAACGAACAACUUUGUCCAGUCGCUCUUCGCUGCUGCGCGGUACGACUUUGCCUCCAACAUGACGAACAACAUCUUUGUGAACAGUACGGCCCGCCAGGCCGUUAUCACGGCAACCGAGGACCCUAUCGCCAACCUCACUCUUGGUUCGCUGAACCAGCUCUCGGGUGCACAGUCGUUCCUCGGCGGAGGUGACUUUGACCCGCCCAAGAUCAGCCGCGUGCGCACCAGCUACCUGUGCAUUGUCAGCAAGAUGAAGCCUCCCGCCGAUUUUGCCAUCUCCGUCCUCGGUCUCGCGUUUGCGCUGUUCGGCGUCGUCUUCGGAGCUGUCAUGCUGAUUGUCUCAAAGCUUACGGGCAAGGAACUCGGCUCGAACCCUGUUGUCGCUGCGGCUGCACCUGGGGCGGCGUUGGCACAGGUCGCGACCAACCUCUCACGCCCGUCUGACGAAGGUCAUCCCGACGAUCCCGAGGCGCAGAACGAGAAAAAUCGUUCGGCGGACGAAAUGGGCUCCGGCAACUCACACGCACACAAGGUCAGCGACGGGUCUGGCGGCACUGCGGUGCCACAGUACGACUCGCGCAAUGCCACACCAGCGCCGUCUUACAACUACGGCGCCAAGAGCGCGCAGUACACGCCACUGAAGAACAACCAGAGCUUCGACCAACUGUCUGACGGCACUCCGUCUCCCUCAACCACCAAGUACGGCUUCAACUCGUUCGGGUCGCUCAACAAGCUUUCUGAGCAGCCUCAGAUGCCCGGCUCCUCUAGCGCUGGCGGUGCAUCUGCAGACAAGAGUAGCAGCAGCGGCCUCGCGGGCCUCGCAGGUGCAGCUGGCGGUGGCCUCCUGGGUCUCGCUGGCGGUUUCCUCGGCUCCAAAUUCGGCAGCGUGACCCCCAAGAACCUCUCGGGAACCAACCUCCAGGGCAUGGCGGGUGGUGCUGGUGCCGCUGAUGCCGCAGGCAGCAAGUUCCCAGGCGCCGCGAACCUGCAGAGCAUGGCUGGCAACAUCCCUGGAGCUCAGAACCUCCAAGGCAUGGUUGGUAACAUUCCCGGCGCCUCGAACCUGCAAAGCAUGGCGGGCAACAUCCCCGGCGCCUCGAACCUGCAAAGCAUGGCGGGCAACAUCCCCGGCGCCGCGAACCUUCAAGGCAUGGCUGCCAACGUCCCUGGCGCGUCCCACCUGCAAGGCAUGGCCGCUGGUGUGCCCGGUGCGUCGGGCCUUGGCGGUAUGGCCUCGAACAUCCCCGGCAUGCCACAGGUUUCGAACCUCGCCACCAACGUGCCAGGUGCUACCAACGUCCAGGGGAUGGCUGGCGACAUUCCCGGUGCCGCAUCGCUACAGAACAUGCCCGGAGCACCUAACCUGACGGCGGCUGGUCUGCAGAACACUGUCGCGGCUGAACCCAGCAUGGCACAGUUCGGCAACAUGCAGAACCUCACUGCGGCCCCAUCAUCUGCGGUUUCUGGUCUCUCGAAUGCCGGUACGGCCGCUGCAGCCGGUCUCGCUGGCGCUGGUGCCGGUGCCCUCGCCGCCGGUGCGUAUGGCAUGAGCAAGGAUCGUCCCAUUAGCGGCGAUUCUGCGCUCUACAUGAACAAGUCGACGAUCCGUGAAGUGCCCGAGACCGACGGCGCUGCCCAGGUGCCCGCAGGCGCCGCGACGGCCGCUGGGGCUCAGGUGUUCCGCACGCAGUCCAACUCGAGCCUGAAGCGCGCCAACCGCCCCACCAGCAUAGACCUCUCCGGUACUCAGCCGGCUGUCCGAUCCACGAAGGCCGUGCCGACCUCGCCUGGUCCCCCCGUUCGCGGCAUCCCGACAUCUCCCGGACGGCCAGCGCGCGCCAUCCCCACGUCACCCGGUCCUCCACAGAUUAGGCCUCUGAGUGAGGCGCUGGCGUCUACUGUCCCUCUCCCUUCCGCCGCUUCUGUUCCCUCCAUCCCCAAGGUCGCUCCCACUGAAUCCUCCUUCCCCACAGCGGCUGCUACCGGCGCCGGUGCUGGCGUACUCGCCGCUGGCGCCGGGUACGCUGCGCUCCACGCCUCGGCUCCGGCGCAGCCCAAUCUCGACGAGUCUGUAACCAGGGUCCGCGACUUUGCCGCGGACCCCCAGGCCGCCAUCCCUGCUGCAUCUCAGAUCCCCACUCAUGUCCCCACUGGCCUCGGUAUUGACGGCCCCGCAGCCAACGCUCAAAGUCAUGUCGAUGGCGCGGCCUCGGCCGUUGAUGGUCAGAUCGCGGGCGCCAACAUCCCCGACAUCCCCGCGGCUGCGCAGAACCUCGCAUCCACGGGGCAAGGCUACAUCCAGCCUGCCGUAGCUGCAUCGACUGGCGCAGUCGCUGGCGCAGGCGGCGCAGCCAUCCUCGACCACACACCUCGCUCGCCCACUGUCGCUGGGCCCCCGUCCUUCAUCACUCCCAGCACGCGCGCAGUCGCUGGUCCACCCACCGUUGCCACUCCCACUCCCGGUACCCGCACUGCAGCGGGACCACCUGCCUCACCUUCGCCCGCAGGCGCGCGUGACACCACCCCCAUGAGCCCGACGUCGGCUGGCCCGCCCGCUGGGUGGCACAAGUAA